AUGAUCGGAGCUCCAAGAACAAAUAGUAUGGGACCAAGUGUCAAUAGAAACUCAUCAACCGGUAUAAGUGAAAUGGUUCAACAAAGUGCAAUUCGUAAUGGAAGAAGAAAGAGUUUAGCUGGACUGAAUUCAGUCUCUCGUCCAACUCAUAGGGCAUCUUCAUUUGGAUUGGGAUCUUUAUCACAAUCAAAAGACCCCCGUCCUUUACGUGACAAAAAUUUUCAAGCAUCAAUUCAACAAGAGAUUUUUGACUUUUUAGUAACUCACAACUUUGAAACUGAAAUGAGACAUCCACUGGGAAUCAAGGCUUUGAAAAAUCCUACUCAAAAAGAUUUUGUCGUUAUCUUUCAAUUCUUGUACAAAAAAGUUGACCCAGGCUAUAGAUUCACCAAAAGUAUUGAGCAUGAAGUGUAUUACGUGUUAAAGAAUAUCAAGUAUCCGUAUCUUGAUUCAGUUAACAAAUCACAAAUUUCAGCUGUUGGUGGUCAAAACUGGCCUGUUUUCCUAGGAAUGCUAUAUUGGUUGGUGCAAUUGAAUCUAAAGGUCGAGGAAAUAUCAGUGAUGGACUUUACCGAAGAUGAGAUACCUGAAGAAUUAGAUGAUGGAACAGACCAAAAUGAAUUGGAACUGGAGAGAAUUUUCAUUAACUACAUCAUCAAAUCAUAUAACGCCUUCCUAAACAAUAUUGAUGACUACACUGAAUUCUACAAUGAAAUGAGAUCAGAAUAUGAUAAAUACACUGAAGAUAUUGUUAAACAAACACAAAGACUCUUGAAUGAAAACGUCAAACUAAGAGAUACUCAUCAUAAACUGGUUGCUGAAUCUGAAUCAUUAGUAGCUGUUGAGAAAAAAUCAGAAGCCCUAGAAAGUGAUUUGUUCAAAUUCAAAGCUUACAUUGAGUCCAUGGAAAAUAGAAAGUUGAAAUGGAACAACGUUUUGGAACAAAUCAAGCAGGAGAUGCAAAAUUCAGAAGCUGAAUUGGUUCGUACUGAAGAAGAGAAAAGACAAAUCCAAAAACAAAUAUCUGCACAAGGAUUAACUCCAAAAGACAUUGACAGAAUGAAUAAUGAAAGAGAUAGAGUUUCAAAAUCAAUUGAUGCUGUCAACUUGAGACUUAAUGAGAUAUCGAAAAUUGUUCAUUCAAAAGAAUUAGAAGCGCAACAGGCGUAUGAGGAACUAUCAAAUACUUUAAAAGAAUACAAUUUCAGUGUCUACACAAUUGCUUCCACUUCACCUGAUAUUGAUGCUUCAAAAUAUGUUGUCAAAUUGGAUAACCUUCUGAGUGAAGAACGCUUAGGUUUAAGACCAGAUGCUUUAUUAGAAGGUCAAGAUAUAAAAACAGAUAUUCGUCUCAACUUGCAGAAACUCAAAAAUGAUAUAAAUGUCAGAAUUCAUAAAGCACAAGAUGAAGCUAUAAGCUUACAAGAGGAAUUGGAUUCAAUAGGUGAAACUAUAAAUGAGAAAUCUGAACAAGUUGAAUCAUUGGAGGCAAAGUUAUCAGCUGGAAAAUUGGACUAUGAAGUAUUGUAUGAAACAAUGACAAAAGAUGCCAAUUUCUACCAUACAGAAAUUGAAAGAUUCCAAAGUGAGUUGAAGCAAAUUCAAUCUAGUUCAAAACAAAAUAUGCUUCUGUUGGAUCAACAAACAAAGACGAUUGAUAUGGAAUACCAAAAAUUGGCAAACAACGUUGAACAAGAAAGAGAAAUCUUACAUUCAAAGGCACAAAAAAUGAUGGACACAGUUAUAACAUUUAAAUUGAAUAUACAAGGUUCAUUAGAAGACCUUGAAAACAUGGUUAUUGAUGAGUUGGAGAAACAAAGAGAAGAAGAAGUUGUACAAUAGGUGAGUUUUUAAGAGUUUUAUACUAAUCAGUUACGGUUAUGGUGUUAAGAAUUU